CUAUCGCUACAAUACCAGCAGCAUAUUCAGGAUUCAGUCUAAAGGCUGGAGUUUCCUUGUAGUUGCUGGAUUCAUAUCUGUGUGUUUCAGCAGCUCCGCCAUCCAAACCUGUUUAAAACCGGGCAGGCUGUGCAUCUCAUUCUAACCGAAGAUAUGAGGCUGUAUUUGUUUCUAGCUGUGACCCUGAUGUCCCUCCUCACGGACGUCGUGCAUGGGGCUGAAAAGAAAAAGCUUCAAAUUGGAAUAAAGAAAAGAGUGGACAACUGUCCCAUUAAGUCCCGGAAAGGGGACGUAUUGAACAUGCACUACACUGGAAAGCUGGAGGAUGGGACAGAAUUUGACAGCAGCAUACCGAGAAAUCAGCCCUUCACCUUCACCCUGGGGACUGGUCAAGUCAUUAAAGGCUGGGAUCAAGGUCUUCUAGGAAUGUGUGAAGGGGAGAAGAGGAAACUUGUCAUUCCAUCUGAGCUUGGUUAUGGAGAUAGAGGUGCACCACCCAAAAUCCCAGGUGGAGCCACACUCAUCUUUGAAGUAGAGCUGCUGAGCAUUGAAAGAAGAUCUGAUUUAUAGUGACAUAAAUUUGCCUUGAAGUCUUAACAAGUCAGAAUCAUUGUGCUGUAAGAUCAACAGCCUCCGUCUAGACUGUAAAAGCACUGAAGCUGGUGGAUUCACUAUUGCUGCUCUGGAGACUGUAGCAGUUUCAGGGGAUUUGUUCUGUAGCUCAUCAUAUUUCAGACUUGACAAACUGUCCACCUAUACGUUUGGUUUUCAAGUCAUAAUUACACUGAAUCACAAACAUCUAUGGACCCAACACAUUUUAGCACCAUUCUUUAUUUUCUUAAGAACCCUACUACACAUAAUUGGUUGUGAGAGUGCAUACAGUACAGUUUUUCAUUCCAGCAAAUAUGGACUGUGUUUGCUUCCUCUUUGUCAGAAAGUUCAUUUUAAGUUGUUGAGCUGAAUAAAAGUUUUAUGUACAAAAA